GCAGUGACGGAGUGGAGUGACUGACAAGUGAGACUGAUUAGCCAUGGAAGUUUGCUAAUAAUCACAAUCAGUGACUAGAUCUCAAGUUAUAUGUAAAUGGUAAUAAGGAUUAUUAAUCUUUUAUAUCAAGAUUUGCUGCAAUGAAUAUGUAUUUAUGAGUGAUAAACGUUAAAAACUACAUAAUUAGAAAUCUAUGGAUAAUAGAUGUAGGAACCUUUUCACUUUAUGUGAUUCUACCAUAAAAAAAUAUGGAUAGAAGUUCUUAUGAAAAAUUAAGUAUCAGAGAAUCUGCCGCAUCUCUCAAAAAAUAUGGCAGCACAAGUAGGCACAUAUCACGCAAUGAAUAUUUUCGUAAACAUUAUGUUGAGAAUACAGAUACACUGCAAGGAAUAGCUUUGAAAUAUAAUGUAACAAUAGAACAAAUACGUCGAUCAAACAAAUUAUGGGCCUCCGAUAGUUUAUUUCUACGAGAGUUCCUUCUGAUUCCCAGCAAAGAGCCAGGUUCUGAAGAAAAAGCUCCAUCGAACCCAGAACCUGAUGUUGUAUCCCCUAGCACCUCAAGUGUUAAUAAUGAUGAUGAUGAUGAUAAUAUAGAUAACUUUUUAAACAAAAUAGAUGCUGCCAUUGCAACCACCAAAGAAGAAGUUAAAAAAACAACUCGCAAUAGCAAAUUUUCCAUAAAUUCGGAGUCAAGUAGUGAACGACGUCAACCUGCAGUCUCUAGAAUGAAGCAGGCAGUAAAUAAUUUAGGUGAUGACAAUUUUCACCAGCCCCACGCAAUAGUUGUUCAGCAAGGAAAAAAAGUACGGACUUCUUUGAGGCAUCAUGAAGAGCAACAAGACGAGCUGUUUCAGUUGUAGUUGUAUGAAUUUUUAUUUUAAAUUUUAGAAAUUGGAUCGUUUGAGUUAUAAAAUAGUUACAGGGUGCCUGAAUUGAGACCUCAUCUUCAUGGAAACAGGAGUUCUGUUUAGUUCAUUCAAAAGUUCAAGUAAUUUUGAAUAAUUGUUGAGCAUCACAAUGAGAAGUAACUUUACAUUUUAGGAGGUAAUUGUAACGUGAGAAAUCUAGUAACUGGUAGUAGCUCCUAUUCUACGUAGUUACUAGUUUCAUAAUCUGAAAAAGGCAAUCCUUUGCCAACUGAGUGACCCCUUUUUGUUAAAAAUGAUUGAGACUUCUGUCACUUUAAACUCUCUCUCCUGAAUCUCUCUUUGUGUACUGAGUGUAGAAUGAAAUUUCAUGACAUUGGAGUUAUGUUAAAAUAUGUAAAAUGAAAUAUCCUUUUGUUUUUCUGUGCUAGUUGAGACAUUUCUGGAAUAAUCAUAUAUUCUGGAUUUGAAAAUUUAUAUUCAUCUGAGAUGGAAUGUACUUAUACUUGUCAGCUCGAUAUUUCAAUUUAAAAUAAUUAUUUCAUAAAGUCUGUUAUUGUCAUUGAAAUUUUCAGUGUAAACAAGAUGUGCCUAACUUAACUAUAAUUGAUUAAUCUGAAAUUGGGAAACAAGAUUUUUGUAAACUGUAUGUGUACUAAUCCCAGAUAAACAAGCCUGCAAAACAAGUGCAUCCUGAGAUUUUUUUUUCGCAAUAAGUAGAAAUAUAUUUUUCUUUAUGUUUGUUGGUAGAAUUCUUGAAAACAUCUGGAAUAUGUCGCAUAUGACAAAAUCAGGGUGUCAUUUUGUCACUCUUGAAUUUGAAAGAUAGAGAAUUUUACCAUAUACAACAUAUUCGAUUCGCGUUUCGAGAACUCUACCCCAGAUGUUGAAAUGUAAUAUAAAUCAAAUUAUGUACGAAUGUUAUAGUGUGGUCUUGUAUAAUGGUGCACUACAUUGUAAAUAUUUUGUUAUUUAAAUUAUAUAAAUGAAGUAAAAAUCAUUUCAAGAAAUA